AUGCGAGAAGGAAGAGGAGGACCCCCAGUACAAAGCAAACAUAUUGGAACACUUGAACAAAGUUUUGUAAUUAUUGAAUGUUACAAUUUAAAAGAAAAAUUAUCUUUUGACAAAAAGGAUAUGCAAUUAUUAUUUCAAAUGAAGCAAAUAGUUCAUGAUAAUAUAAACCCUUUUUUGGGUGUUUGUGUUGAUAGACCAAAUGAAUUAAUGGUUAUUUGGAGAUAUUGUUUUAGAGGAACUUUGGAGGAUUUGCUCUUCCCUACUAAUAAUGAAGCAGCACCAGGUGCUCCAGGAGGUAUAGGUGCUAGUGUUGCUUCUUUAACUAGCGAAGAAGGUGUUACAAUUAGAACUAGAAGAAAUGAUUCUAUUGAUAUAAACUUUAAAAGUGCUUUUGUUAGGGAUAUUAUUAAAGGUCUGGAUUUUAUCCACAGCUCUUCUAUAGGCUAUCAUGGAGCGUUAACCUCUUCUCGGUGUUUAAUUGAUAGUCAUUGGAUUUUGAAAUUAUCUGGUUUUGGAACUUCCCGAAUGCUUUACAAAUGGCGUUUUAAUAAUACACUUAGUAAUGGUGAUAGACAAUUUAUUCAGCCAUUAAUUCCAAAUAAUGGUAGGGAUUUUAAAUUUUGA